AUGGUACCCGCCAGCAGCCUCCGAAGGCCGCAGGAGGCGCUCGUGACCCACUUCGGUACGGGAGGGGGAGUUUGGGGCGGACAUGGACGCCACUCGUGGGAUGAAGGGGCGGGUCUGUGGGAGGCUCCGCCCCUCGCCACGCCCCUUUCUGGUGAGGUAGGAAUGAAAACACUAGUAAUGCUGGAUGAACAAGGUGAGCAGUUAGAUCGCAUUGAGGAAGGAAUGGAUCAAAUCAAUGCUGACAUGCAUGAAGCAGAGAGAAAUCUAUCUGGCAUGGAAAAAUGCUGUGGGCUGUGUGUGCUUCCCUGUGGCAAAGGAACCUCUUUUAAAGAAGAUGACUCUACUUGGAAGGGUACAGAGGAUGGGCGUGUGGUGGACAGUCAGCCCAAUCGCAUUGCUCCUAACUCCAAUGGGGCCCCCGCCCCUGCUCCACAAGGUGGUUUUGUCACUAGGAUCACUAACGAUGCUCGUGAAGAUGAGAUGGAAGAGAACAUGGGACAGGUAAGCAACAUGAUUGGUACCCUCCGCAACAUGGCUCUAGAUAUGGGAUCUGAAUUGGAAAAUCAAAACAAACAACUGGAUCGUGUAAAUCGCAAAGGAGAAUCAAAUGAAGCACGGAUAGCCAACGCAAACCAGCGUGCACACAACCUGCUCAAGUAAGCGCUUCAUUGAGCCCAAGGUUGUGCCGGCCAGAGCGCCUGCCCGCCCGCUUCUGUACUUACUUGUCAAUAUUCCUCGUACAAUGUAAGGCUAUUUUUGUGUACAAUGUUUUAAACAUAUUUUGUGAAUUUUGAGAGUCAAUGUAUUUUGUGUAAAGAAAGAUAUAUUAUUAUAUAAGAAUAUUUUCUGUAAUGUAAAAAGAUGUGGGAUUAUUUUCUGCUAAAGUAAAUUUCUUGUAAUAUAUUGUGUAUACAUAUAUGUACUUCAUGUAUUAGCUGUUCCAUAUCAAAACAAUGUUGCAAAGUUUUCGUGUGAUUAAGCAUGGAAUGUUUAUUAAAUUUCUGCAAUGUUAGUUCUUUGCUUCUACAUGUCUACAUAUAUGUAUUUCAUGAAACUGGUGUCAAUUCUACUUACUGUCAAUUGAAACAAAGCUUCUACUACUCCAGGUGUGGCUUUGAGUGUUUGCAGUACAAGUAUUUGUAAAUAUGUUGGAUAGAGCACAGUGUAUUAAUGUUAACUGUUUCUAUAAAUAUUGAGUGUUCAGAUACAUGCCAAAUGGUGAUUGAGAUUGACUUGUUGGUGAUAAGCAAAGAAAGCAGUCUUUUUGCGGGAACUCUUUGCUUUAUUUGUUGCAAAUGAUGGUUAUGUAUACACAAUUAUGUACACUUGUACAGACAUGUUCUCAUCUCCUUGGCAGUAAAGGCUGCUUAAAGAGCAAUAAUAAUAUCUAUGACAUGGUACAAUAAUGCUCAUUGGAAAAUGAGUUUUUAAGCAUUCGAUAAAAGUUAUUUUUUGAAAGAAUUCACAAAAAGCAUAUCUGAUUAGUAAUAAGGCUGUUCAGUUCACUGAAGCUUCAAGCUUCAGAGAUCUCAACAAUUCCAAGAGCAAGAGAAGCAAUUAAGCUCUUGACUUUGCCAGCACUGUUGGGGGAAGGGCAAAAGAUAUAUGAAAAGAACAGUGCUGGUUAAUUUUCAGUACUGAGGGGCUUAAAUAAAAAAUAUAAUAGCAAAGAAUAGUAUUCUUAAAUGAAGUAUUAUAAAUUCUCUGAUAAUGAUUUACAUUUGUAACAAAAUAUAUAAUUUCCACACAACGUGCAACAAGAAAUUGCCACAACAUAUAUGCAAGUGGUACAAAACUACCAGCAGAUAUGCACAUAGUAUGAAUGUGUGAAUGUAUGGGAGGGGGCUAUGCCUGGCCACGUGGCAGCAGUUCUGGCCUAUAAAGGUGGUCUAACUCCACCCUUCCUAGCAUCCUGGGCUGCAUGUGCAGUGGUCCCCUCAGCAUAUGUUCCAGCAAUUUGUACAAAUUAAAUACAAUGGCUUUUGGCAGUGGACAGAAAUUGCACAUUACACACAUUCAUACUGAAACUGUUAUAAAUUAUACAUUUAAAAUACAUUUGUAUAAUGCAUACAUAUGGUUUUUAAAUAUGUACAGUGAAUCUCUUCACGGAUAAAGCUCGCAUACCGAAUGGAAAGGUUCUGGCAACAGUGAUAGAUGUUCUUACUGCAAUUCUUGGUGUUCUAUGUCCAAAAAUGUACUUUCAAAGCUGUUUCUCAGAGACAGAGGGAGUUUAAAAAAAUUCAAUGUUUGUCACUCGUAGGAGUAAUCUAAAUGGAAAAUUUUCUGUUAUGACUUCUGUCUACAUGUUCAUCAGCAGUAUGGCAACAUGUCUCUUGUAUUGGCCAACGCACAACCUGGGGCACAAAUAAAGAUUAUUAGUGAGA